UUUCAGCAUCACCCAAACAUUAGCUUGUAGAGUAGCUUUUAGCUAGCCAAACUCUUCGGGAAACAGAGCCCCCAGCCGAGCCGAUCUAUGAGCCGCAAACGGAACCACUGUUUCGUCGAAACCGGCCUGUCCCCUGAGCUCCACGGCGCCUUCAUGGAGCAACCCGGUUCGGCGAGCCGAGCCGACGGCAAUUUCCUGGAGCUGGAGCACGACGAGGAGCUGCUCUGCUCGGUCAGCGACAUCACCGAGCAUCUCGGCAGAAACAUCGCCGCGGUGCUGGAGACAGCGCUGUCGGAGAUCCGCAAAAUGGUCAGCAUCAGGAUACGAGUGCUGAAGAUGGAGCUGCGCGAAAAGAGCGAGGAGAUCGAGGAGUUGAAGGAAAGACUGGACACAGUCCAGCGGGACGGCAGGGACCCUUUCCCCGGCGCUGCGACCGCGGAGCCGUCUGCGGACGCCGCCUACAAAAAACACGACAUCGGCUCCGGCAACAAGCACAAUAGUGUCGAUCCGAGGAGAGCCAAGGUUCUCAUGCCCGGCGUGAAGAAGGAGAACAUCGACGCCAUCUGCGACUAUCUGAUGAAGGACAAGAACUCGAGGGGGGGCGCGGACAUGGACGGAGACCAGAGCAGCCAAGCCAGCGGCGACAGGGAGGCUCGCCCAGAUCCGGACCCGCACUCCCUCCACCUGUGGCCGGACGACGGCAUGGCCGGCUCCGGGCCCGGGCACGGAGACUCCGAUGCCGCCACGGACGACCUCUUCAGCAUGCUCCCCUCUGGCAGCAAGCGGAUGUACGACUACGAGUGGAUCGCACCGAUGGAGUAUUCUCCAGAGCUGAAGGUCAUGAAGGAGCCCGAGUGUGAGGACACCCCGACUGGCGAUGAGGAGGAGGAGGAGGAGGAUGAUGAUGAUGAGGGAGAUGUGUCUCCGAAGAGGGAGAGGGGUGGACUGGAGCAGGCCCAGGCCCCGCUGCCACACGUCCAGCCCUCUGAGUUCAGCAUGGAGACCCAGAGCUCUCCAGGGGAGGGAGGGAGUCCGCUGGAGGGCAACACAAACCGGCCUGUGGCAGGCCAGCAGUUCCCCGGCCACACCUACAUCUGCUCUCUGUGCGGAACCUUCUGCCCCGACUCCGUGUUCCUGGAGGAACACGUCAAGCUGAUACACUCGGACUCCGCCGGCGCCCAGGCCCUCCAGGUCCUGCAGUCCACCUGCUCAGCCGCGCCCGCCAUGGAAGACGGCGGCCGUGAGUCCAGGAAGGGCGGCGGGGAACAGGAUGAGGACGAGGGAGCAGGGGCUGGCGCGGGAGUCGGGGCCGGCCUCGGCCUCGGCCUCGGCCUCGGGCGGGGAGGGGCCGCGGUGAAAAAGGAGAUUAAAAUCGAAGGCGGGUACGAGUGCGGGGACUGCGGCCGCCACUUUAACUAUCUUGGCAACCUGAGGCAGCACCAGCGCAUCCACACCGGGGAGAAGCCCUUCAUGUGUCCGGAGUGCGGGGAGCGGUUCCGCCACGCGGCCCGCUUAAAAAGCCACAGGCUGGUGCACAGCGGGGCCCAGAGCCCCUUCCCCUGUCCCCAGUGCGGGAAAGGAUUCUCGGUGCUAUCGGGACUCAAGAGACACCAGCGGGUGCACACCGGCGAGAGCCCGUACGCCUGCCCGCAGUGUGGCAGACGCUUCAAAGAGCUGGGGAACCUGUACACCCACCAGAGGAUCCACAGCGGGGCCACGCCGUACUGCUGCCAGCAAUGUGGACGCAGCUUCCGCCACCUGGGGACUUACAAGAGCCACCGCUGCACCCCGCCGCAGUAACCCGCCGCUUCGCUUCUCUCUGAUGCCAAGAAACGUAUGUCAACGACAGGACAUGGUGGACUCCGAGGCGUGGUCUUCACCACGGGGCUCUCGGUUGACACUUGUGGGGGGGGGGGGGAGAGAUUGGGUCUGUUAUCCUGAGAUGCUUUCGUGCUCCGUCACAUUCAUGGCAUUUCACACCGGCAUAAAAAAAAACUGCUUCGCGGAGCUUGAGUUCAUUCUUAACCUCAGAAACAAUGUCAACUCAAGGUCAAACACUCCUUAUUGGGGUUGUUCCGAUACCAGAAUCAGAAAUGCCUCUGAUGCAGCUGGAAACGCUGGAUGGGGUAUCAGCGAGUACAUGCAUCAAUCCGAUAUUAGCUCGCACUAUUAGUAGCUAACGAGUGCACCAUUUGGCUUCUUGCCUAUCUCUGUUGAGAGUUGCACAUGCUCCGUACGGAUUGGGCAGGCGCUAGCAGAGAGUGUAACGUUAGCCAGAGCAAAUUGUCAAUACAUUACACAUUUUAAAAAGGUGCAGUGUACAAGGCUCUCUUUGUUUAUUAAACACACUGGUAUCGGAUUGGUACUCGUAAUCGGCCGAUUCGCAAGUUCAGGUAUCGGAAAGGAAAAAAUGGUAUCGGAUCAUGUCUUCUGCUCAUCGGCAGAUGGAGUUUGAUCAGUCGUCGUGGCUGGAGGAGACGUCCCAUUUUCCAUUUUUUUCAGAAGACUUUGAAGACUUCUUGUCCAUAUUAGUAGAAAGUUAUCAACUCUUUCUUCACAUUGGAAACUUUGGAAUAAGUCUUAUCAUCACUGUGUUAGACGUGUUUCUUAUGAUGAUGGUCACAUGCUGACAGAACUACUUUUUAUUAUCGCAAAUAAAAGAACCAAUGAUAAAUGGUAAACUUUGAGAUUUAAAGAGACAUUUCACAAUGAUGCACAUGGCUCAAGCACAACAGGAACAUUACAUUCAUCUUCGGGAGAGACCUGAGUUGUGAAACGAUGGCGGUGCUGACCACGUCCAAGGGUUUCAUUCAUUCAUUCAUUUACGCCUUACUUGCCGAGGCUCCAGGACACGCUGCCGUCGCCUCUCUCUGCGGUGGGACAACAGCACCCCCUGGUGGACUGACUGUAGCUGCGACAAAGUAGAUCUCCUUGGGUCGCACUGUCAUCACGGCUCUGCUUGGUGCCGUGUGGAGAGCAGGAACGUUCAUUGUAUUGUUAGUUUUUUAACCAGUGUAAUAAUGUACGUUACAGAAUAUAUAUUGUUUAUUUUAUACAUUUGCCUGUGUGACCAUUACAAAUUGUGUAAUUACAGAAAAAUAACCCUGAAGGAAAACAUUUGGAAUUCAUCGGAUUCAGUCCAUGAGGGAAUGGACUUCAUCUGGUCUGUGAAAUGACUUUGAGCUCUUCGCACCGUGUGCAAGACUGAAAGCAAAAGACAACUAAUCCAAAGCUGUGAAAUUUAAACACUAAGCAUUGAUAAUCUGCUCUCCAAUAAACAGUUUUCUUAAUGUCA